AAAAAAAAUAAAAAUGAACGUUUUGUGGGAGGUAGGCUAUGUCCUUUCCAGAGUUCAUGCUCUGAAACUGCGCUCUGAAACAGAACCCUAGUUUCAGCCCAGGCGUUCCCUUCCCUCCUCCAUCUUCAACCUUCGAAGUUAAUCGCCAGCUUCCACCACCUCUUCGCCCAGUGGUGUUGCACACUGAAUACUAACACAAAGACAUGGCUUCUUUAUUCAAGGAUCCAUCCAAGCUUUCAGCAUAUCGGGAUAGAAGAUUUCCUGGAUCACAGGAGGAAUUUGAAGUAGCACUGCAGACAUCAAUGACUGUGUAUGUUGGGAAUAUGUCCUUUUAUACAACAGAAGAGCAAGUGUAUGAGCUUUUCUCUCGAGCUGGAGAAAUUAAGAAGAUGAUUAUGGGCUUGGAUAAAAACUCAAAAACGCCUUGCGGUUUCUGUUUUGUUCUAUACUAUUCCCGAGAGGAUACUGAGGAUGCUGUGAAAUAUAUAAGUGGGACCAUUCUUGAUGACCGUCCUAUUCGUGUGGAUUUUGAUUGGGGUUUCCAAGAAGGCAGGCAAUGGGGCCGUGGUCGAAGUGGUGGUCAGGUUCGUGAUGAGUAUCGUACUGACUAUGAUCCUGGCAGAGGUGGUUAUGGGAAAUUAGUUCAAAGAGAAUUGGAAGCUCAGAGGCAGCUUGUUGAUUAUGGUGCUGGAUCCUUGGGUUCCUUCCCCCCAGUUAUGCCACCUCAGUAUGGCAGGCGUGGUGGAAGCCAUAGUCAUGGUGGUUCUCAUCGCCAUGGCAGAGAUUAUCAUCGCAAAAGACACCGAGAUGAUGAUCGCCACUCCUAUGAGGCCUCUAAGAGGAACUCUGGUCAUGAUUCACGGAAGAACGCUGAUCAUGACUCCCGACCAGAGAAGAAUCCAAGAUUUCGUGAGAGUGGUGACUCUGAUGAUGAGGAAGAAGAUGAUGCAAAAAGGCGAGCUUAGAAAUAUAGUUGUUGCUUCAUUUGAUCAGAAGAUCAGCGUUAUGGAACAUUUGCAACUUGACAGGACGCCGGGCUCCAAAAUUGUAUCUGGCUCGGUUGAAUCAUGUAUUCAUCACUAAACUUGUAGAAGACAUGUUUAUAUUUUCCUAAAACUUUUUGAAUUUGGUCAUGUUAUUCUAAAGUAAGACGGUUAAGCGAAAUGUCUUAACAUUAAAUGAGAAAAAACAAAAGCAAUUAUUAGAUGUAGGAAUACCUUCGCAUAAUAACAUGACCUUUUCAUGCUAUGUAGUCCUUUUUCUUUUAUUUUCCUUCCUUUUCUUUUCGGUAUUAUUAUAGGUUUACUUUCAUGUUAUAUUUCAUUGAACUGUGUACAAUGAAGGUUAGGUUAUUAAGAAUUUAUAUGUUGGUUUAAAGAUUGUUUGGUCUAAUUUUGAGAUGAGAAGAUUUGGUGAUGUUUAAUAA